AUGGCAACCACUUCCUCCCCUAAUAUGCUCACAAAGUUCGAGUCCAAGUCCUCGAGAGCGAAAGGCAUUGCUUUCCAUCCCAAAAGACCGUGGAUUCUUGUCUCCUUACAUUCUUCGACCAUCCAGCUAUGGGACUACCGUAUGGGAACGCUGAUUGAUCGCUUUGAAGAGCACGAUGGCCCGGUACGAGGAAUUGACUUUCACAAGACACAACCUCUCUUCGUUUCUGGUGGGGAUGAUUACAAGAUCAAGGUCUGGUCGUAUCAGACUCGCAGGUGUCUCUUCACCCUAAACGGCCAUUUGGACUACGUUCGCACUGUCUUCUUCCAUCAUGAGCUUCCCUGGAUCAUUUCCAGCUCUGAUGAUCAGACAAUCAGGAUUUGGAAUUGGCAGAACAGAUCAUUAAUUUGCACAAUGACUGGCCAUAACCACUACACGAUGUGCGCCCAGUUCCACCCUAAGGACGACCUGGUAGUUUCGGCCUCCCUCGAUCAGUCAGUGCGUGUAUGGGAUAUCUCUGGUCUGCGGAAAAAGCACUCGGCGCCAACAUCUAUGACAUUCGAGGAUCAAAUGUCGAGGGGAAACCAAAACCAGGCAGACAUGUUCGGAAACACAGAUGCUGUGGUCAAAUUCGUACUAGAGGGACACGACAGAGGUGUGAACUGGGUCGCUUUCCAUCCUACACUUCCCUUGAUUGUUUCGGCGGGCGAUGAUCGAUUGGUAAAGCUAUGGAGAAUGAGCGAAACGAAGGCAUGGGAGGUCGACACUUGCAGAGGUCAUUUCCAGAAUGCAUCAGGAUGCUUGUUCCACCCCCACCAGGAUCUGAUAUUGUCAGUGGGCGAAGACAAGACGGUUCGAGUUUGGGAUCUCAACAAGCGGACUUCUGUACAGUCGUUCAAGCGGGAGAACGAUAGAUUCUGGGUUAUUGCCGCUCAUCCAGAAAUCAACCUUUUCGCAGCUGGUCACGACAACGGAGUUAUGGUUUUCAAGCUUGAGCGAGAGAGACCAGCCUCGGCCUUCUACCAGAACAACUUAUUCUUCAUUACGAAGGAUAAGCAGGUUCGCUCUUACGACUUCCAAAAGAAUAUUGAGAGCCCAACGCUGUUGACCUUGAAGAAGCUUGGCAGCCCAUGGGUCCCACCCCGAUCCUUGUCAUUCAAUCCAGCGGAGAGAGCUAUCCUUGUCACUUCUCCGGCGGACGGAGGUUCUUACGAACUGAUCAACCUACCCCGAGACGGUUCCGGGGAUACCACUGACACCAAGCGAGGUCAAGGAAAUUCAGCUGUAUUUAUCGCUCGUAAUAGAUUUGCUGUUUUCACUGCUGCCAACCAGCAAAUCGACAUCAAGGACCUCUCAAAUUCGACUACCAAGACUAUCAAGCCUCCCACUGGAACCACGGACAUCUACUUCGGAGGAACUGGUAAUAUCCUCCUAAUUACUCCCACCGCCGUCCACCUCUAUGACGUCCAACAAAAGAAGUCAACAGCGGAACUGGCUGUCAGUGGCGUCAAGUACGUCGUUUGGUCUAACGAUGGGCUGUAUGCUGCGCUUCUCAGCAAACACAAUGUCACAAUCGUGACCAAGACUUUGGAACAAGUCAGCACACUCCACGAGACCAUCCGAAUCAAGAGCGCAACCUGGGACGAUGCUGGUGUUCUUCUCUACUCUACCCUUAACCAUAUCAAAUACACAUUGCUCAAUGGUGACAAUGGCAUUGUACGCACUCUUGACCAAACUGUGUACCUUGUCCGAGUGAAGGCGCGAACCGUCUACUGCCUGGACAGGAACGCCAAGCCCAAGAUCUUGAACAUUGAUCCCACGGAAUACCGAUUCAAGCUUGCGCUCGUCAAGCGAAACUACGAGGAAAUGCUCCAGAUCAUCAAGAACUCAAGUCUUGUCGGUCAAAGCAUCAUUUCGUACUUGCAGAAGAAGGGAUACCCCGAAAUCGCUUUGCAGUUUGUUCAGGACCCACAAACACGGUUCGAGCUUGCGAUUGAGUGUGGUAAUCUCGAUGUUGCAGUUGAGAUGGCAAAGCAAUUGGACAGACCCAAGCUCUGGUCAAGACUGACUACGGAGGCUCUCGCACAUGGCAAUCAUCAGAUUGUCGAGAUGACCUACCAGAAGCUGAGACAAUUCGAUAAGCUCUCGUUCCUGUAUCUCGCUACUGGAGAUGAAGCCAAACUCACUCGAAUGGCUAAGAUUGCGGAACAUCGUGGCGAUUUCACAGCCCGAUUCCAAAAUGCCUUGUACCUUGGAGAUGUCAACGACCGGAUAGCUAUGUUCAAGGAAAUUGACCUUUAUCCACUCGCGUACAUGACUGCCAAAGCUCAUGGUCUCGAGGACGAAUGCCAAUCCAUCCUCGAAGCUACUGGCCUUACAGAAGAUGAGAUCACUCUCCCCGCAAUUGGCUCACCACUCUCUCCCCCAAAACCAAUUGUCUCCACUUUCAAGGCCAACUGGCCAACGAAGGCAACAUCUCAAUCGUUUUUCGAGAAGGCACUUCUCGGCGAAGUCGAAGGCUUAUCAUUAGAAGACGAGCCAGCAGUCGCAUCGAAUGGCUUCGGCUUUGAUGACGCUGGCGAUGAAGUUGCCAAGCGAAAUGGGGCUCUUGAUGAGGUCGAUGACGACGAGGACGCAGGAGGAUGGGAUAUGGGUGAUGACAUAGUCCCAGAAGUCGAGAGUGACUUUGUCAAUGUCGACAGUGCUGAGACAGGUGGUGCGGGGAGCAGUGAAGCAGACCUGUGGGCUCGCAACUCUCCGAUCGCCGCGGAUCAUGUGGCUGCCGGCUCAUUCGAGACCGCUAUGCAAUUGUUGAACAGACAACUCGGUGCGGUCAACUUCGCCCCUCUUAAGCCGCGGUUUCUGGAAGUCUACUCGGCUUCGAAGACAUACCUUCCCGCGUCGAGUGGCCUGCCUCCUCUAAUCAACUACGUCCGUCGUAACGUCGACGAGACUGACCCCCGAAACGUCCUUCCCAUAAUUCCUCGAGAUCUUGAAACGCUUGCCGCCGUUGACCUCCAGGAUGGGUACAGCGCGAUGAAAGCCAACAAGCUGCAAGAUGGUGCGGCUAUCUUCCAAAAUAUUCUCCAUGCUCUCCUGGUAAAUGCAGUCUCGUCAGCCUCGGAGGUUGAGGAUGCUAAGAAACUCAUUACCACCGCAAGCGAGUACACCGUUGCCAUGGGCAUUGAGUUAGCUCGACGGAACCUUGGCACUGAUGCCGAGGUCUCACAGUCACCUGAGAAGCUCAAGCGUAGUCUGGAACUCUCCGCAUAUUUCACCAUUCCCAAACUCGAGGUCAAUCACAGAGUCCUCGCUCUGACCAGUGCCAUGAAGUUGGCCUUCACGAAUAAGAACUACAACUCGGCGUUGAGCUUCGCGAAUAGAAUGCUGGCUAAUCCUGCGCCAGUGAAGAUGCUCGAGAACGCCAAAAAGAUCAAAGCCAACUGCGAAAGGAACCCUAAUGAUGCUGUGGAGAUUGAGUUUGAUCAGUUCGCCGACUUUGAAGUCUGUGCCGCCUCCUACACACCCAUCUACGGCGGCUCAUCGUUCGAGGUGUGCGCCUUCGACGGAAGCAAGUACCAGACUAAGUAUAAGGGGACGAUUUGCGCGGUAUGCGGUGUCUGCGAGAUUGGAAAGAACGGCAGUGGGUUGAAGCUCAUUGCAUGA